AAAAUUAGCAACAGCAAACAGAUAUAAGGCGGGCAGAUCUCAACGUUUGGAGCUGACUUUGUUUAUCGAAUUCAACGUGUUAAAACAGAUUGCCAAACACUUGGGUGACUUAAAAUAUAGCUCAAAGGAUACUGAGCAACCACAAUGGCAAAAGGUUACGGAAAGUCCAGAAAGUAUUCAAAAAAGAGGGCUAAAAAGAACGACUCCAAAAAAACAUUCCCUCUUACGUCAUUUAAACGGGAUGAUGAACUGAUAGGUGCUUUGUUCAUAAAAUCAGUGAGAUUAAAAUCAUCAUUUGAUAGCUCUACAUUUAGGCUUAAAUUGGAGGAUUUAUCAACAAGCGGGUCUCUAAAAGCAAUAUAUGAAUCAUUAAUCGUUACAAAAACCUACAUUGAUUUGGAGGUCUACAAUUCACGUGUAACCCUAAGGAAAAAACAAAUAAAUGCAUUAAACAGAAAACAUUCAUUUUUCACGCAAGCUUCAAAAUAUGUCCAAUGCCCAGACAGCAAAGGGAAAUACCGGUUUUUAGACCUGACAAUGUUGGUGCCUCAGGGUGAUUCUAUUGUUGAAUGCAUAGGUAUCGUGAAGGUAAAUACUGAAUUGAAACGGCGCAUAGAAGAAAUCUUUUCUUACGACUUCAACUCGUUGGAUACUUCAGCAACGAGAAGCAGUCAAACCAACCUCUUACAACCCAUCCAUACAACAAUCUCUCCUGGAAAAGAAAACACAUUACUAACUGUACAAGAUGAUUUUGAAGUAGUGUACGUCAUGAAACACCGUCGCACAGUUUCUCUACGUGCUUCAAGAAACGGAAUGCCUUACAGUAUCUACACACCUGUGAGAUUAAAACGUUCAAAGCAAAGAACAAAACAGAUACAACCAUUGAUCGACCUCCUGAAAACAGCGUGCGAAGAGCUGAAGGAUGAGUCUUUAUUUGUUUCGAACGGAUUUCAUCGACAAACAGAGCUGUUUUCUGAGUCCGACAUUAAGGAUCUGUCUGGACCUAUACCUCUAGACUCUACACAAGUUUAUCCGAGCACAAAUAGUGCGAGGGAGUCAGAGCAACAAAGGCAAAGGUCUUUUGUAUUCUGGCCUCUGUCAAGCUCAGCAACUAUACAGUCGUUGGUUGAAUCAGGAUUUUAUGCUUCUGAUCAUGAAUUAGAAAUUGUGGAAUGCUUUUCUUGCGGACUAUCCCUAAGAGCUUCUGAGCUAAACGGCCGUCAUCCGCUGGAUGUGCAUAGGGAAAUGUCACAACACUGUCAGUUUCUGCAAUCGGAAAGUAUCAGGGAAAGAACGUUCAACAACAAUCCGCCACAACGGUUUGAACCGUUAACAAUGAAUAGCAUCAGUAGGGAUCAGAAUUCACAAUACUCCUCGUCUAUCAGUAACACAAAUGACGAGAUCGAUUGUGUUAAAACCGAAAGCGACAUAUCUUACAGACAAAAUACAAUCGAGAGUCACUUGGGGGAAGUGGCUGAAAAGUUUCAAACUAGUCUCCGUUUCAAUCCAAGAGUGCAGUCACAUAUAUCACAACCAUCUGACGUAGUGGAGGACGGAACGGAAAGCCAAACCAAUUUAGAUGGGAAAUUGCUGUUAAGCGGAACCAAUCAGAAUCCACGUGAUCUGACAGACUUAUAUUAUCAAUAUAGUCCACGAAGAGAUACUCUUGUCUCUCAACAGGACAAUGUCAAUAACGGUGGACAUAUACACGAACCAAUUGAGGGAGCGACGGCGGCGAUAUCAAAUGUUGGGCCAUCACCGAGUUCACUUGCACAGGAUUCGUCAACACCACCUCCCCGAAACCCUCGCUAUGAACAGGACAAUGCUCGAAGAGAGAGCUUCAACGCCUGGAAUGGUCGACACGACAUUGAUAGUCUUGUCGAGGCUGGUCUAUUCUACACUGGUGACCAGGACAUUGUCAGGUGUUUCCAUUGUGACAUUGGCCUUGCUGAAUGGAAUAGGGAAGACGAUCCCUGGCUGGAGCAUGCGCGACAUAGUCAUGAAUGUCACUUCCUGUUACGGAUAAAGGGCCACGCCUACGUCAAUGAUGUCCAGAGGGAAUGGUCAAAGGUGUAUUCCCCGAAACGUCCAGACCUGUCCCACGUUGAUAGCAGACUGGACACAUUCCAUAACUGGCCCAGGGACUUCGUUGUGCAGACACCAGAGCAGCUAGCCAUAGCCGGAUUUUAUUAUGCUGGCAUGACUGAUACGGCUCGAUGCCACUACUGUGACGGCGGGCUCCGGGAGUGGGAGCCUGGGGAUAUCCCCUGGGUGGAGCAUGCGAAGUGGUUCCCUCACUGCAAGUUUGUACUCAAGAUCAAGGGGCUGCCGUUCAUCCAACAAUGCGUUGCCCGUAGAAACGAGGUUCUAGAAGACCCAGUUCCAAACAACACACGGGCCGAGAAUGAAGCUUUAAAUAGAUUGAGAGCCCCGAUCAGUAACGAGGAGAAAAACCGUGCGAGGGAAGAAAAUAACCCACUGUAUACUGCCGCUGCCCAGUCGAUUAUUGCCAUGGGUUACACCACGGCUGUGGUCACAAAGUGCAUCAACGCCUAUAUAGCGAGUACUGGUCAAAGGAACUUUGGAGCUACCGACUUAAUGGAUAUAAUAUUAGACAAAGAGGAUGAAGGUGGGAAACUGUCAAGUGACGGAGAAACGGAAGGAAAGGAAACUAACGACGACGAGUUCCGAUAUGAUGGCCCUGCCUUGGUAAAAAUCAAUGAAACUCUGAAACAGGAACAACUGUGUAUCGACUGUAGAAAUAGGGGGAGACAAAUGGUGUUCCUGCCAUGCGGUCACCUCCUUUUAUGUAAUAUAUGUGCACAGAGAUGUACACAUUGUGUACGAUGUGAUACAAUGAUAAACAGUAGAGUCAAAAUUUAUAUGAGCUGAACAGACGAAACAAAAACAGCAGAGAUAAAAAUAGUUAAACGUAAAAUGAGCAACAUGAAAUAUUUAUCAACCAGUAUAUACAAAUGAUACUUUACCACCAAGGAAUGCACCAAUCAGUUAUCAGGAAAAACAUAUAAAAUUGUUGUUCAUCAGCGCUGUGAUAGGAUGUCAAGUGAAUAUGACGUUCCAUAUGACCCGCUGUUAAGAGAUGUUUUCCUUCACUGAAAUCGUUUUGUUUAGAGGAUAAUAAUUCAACACAUUCACUUUGUCUUUGCCUCCGCGAAAAAUAUCAGUUUUCUGACACAACAAUUAAAAAAUAAUAUUAAACAUCCAUUUCAUAUAUUAUAUUUUUUUUAUGAUAUUCCUCGCUUAUAAAUAUGUAGUAAAAAAUUAAUAAAAAAACCGACUGAUAACGGCUUAUUUUCUACAUCAAUAAAUUAAUGACGUCAUGACGUUUAGGAUAAUACCAACUGCAUAAUUCCGUCUUUUCGUAUUUCAAGAGUUAUUUGCUCUUGUUAGCAGGUAUUGAUUGUUACGUCAUUUGUUUGUGAGAGUAACGUCAUAAUUUUUGAGAAAA